AAGAAGAGCCAAUCGAGCGUCGCGUUGUUGACGACCCGGGAGAAACAAAACUAGCUAAAGUAAAACAAAACUAGCUAAAGAAUGAUUCAUACGAGUUAUAUCUCUUUGUGGAAAAGAGGAUAAAGGAGUGUUAAUAGAGCUUCGACUUUUUAAACAAUCAAUUCGGCUUCUUUAAAUUUGGCGUUGUCACAACAGAGAAACUCCUUCGUACGUUUUGGGAAUAAAACGGGGAUUGGUAUCAACGGGCUCGUCUUUCUUUUACAUCUAUUUAAAAUGUUGUCUACUGGAGAUGUUCAAGGUUAUCUCCGUAAACUGGAAGCUCUCCUGCGAGUGAUCAAGUACCCGGGAUACGUCGACUACAAUGGGUGUUACGAGAUAUCUUCCAGUAUAAGCCCAUGCUGACCAAGCAGCAGUUCCUGCAGUGGGGCUUCUCUCAAAGGAAGAUCUCUGUCAUCUGUGACAUUAUUAAUCUGGUCCUGCAGAAACACAGCCAGCUGAAGAAGGUAUCCAAGAAGUCAUUUGUCAUACAUCACAUGGAAAAUCCUACAUCCCCCACAAACUCCUCCCACACUGAACCGUUCUCCUUGUAUAAUGGAAGACGUGCCUCUGGUGACGUACGCUCGCCUGAUUCUUCCAGCAGCGACGCUGCAGAGCUGCCAGGAAAAGAGGAUGAGGAUAACCGCCUCCAUAAUGUGGGAGAAGUCGUCACCGUAUCCAGGGAAAGCUGGGAAAACCUGAUAAGCAGAGUCCUGUUGUUGGAAACAAAGGUGGAACAGAGAAACACAGAGGUGCACAACACACAGCCGUGCCAGUCGUCUACCUCAUCGCACGCUUCCAGUUACACAAUUGAUCCUUCAAAGGUGCACAACACACAGCCGUGCCAGUCGUCUACCUCAUCGCACGCUUCCAGUUACACAAUUGAUCCUUCAAAGGUACUCGGGAUGCAACAAAGUUUCAAACGUUUGGCCAUGUGCCACGCAGAGCUGAAUGCUAUUAUGAAUAAGAACAGUGCUGAUGUGAAGGACUGCACCAUGUAUGUGGCUUUGUUCCCCUGUAAUGAGUGUGCCAAGCUCAUUAUUCAGGCAGGCCCAGGAUCGGUGCGCCAGGCCUUUGCUUCUGGCCACAGCCCAACACACAUUGCACUCGACCCCUAUGGCGCCUCCUGCAGGUGGUGGGCCUCAAGGAGGGAUGGGCCCUUGUCCCUUUUUCAGGGCCCCGGCCACCAGACGCUCGCCCUCACCAGACCUGGCAAAAGCUCCCCGACAACACGGCCCCUGGACCCCCUGGGACACAGAAAAGACAGAUGA